AGCAAGGGUUGGAAUUUGCAACAUAUGCCGACGUUUGUUUGUUUUUUGUUUAUUUGUUUCCGUUUUGUUUUCGUUUUUGAGAAGCGUGACGUUUGGGGCGUUCGCGUGUCCGCCCGUUAUAUAAACCCCGGCGACCCAAACUACCACGAGCGCCAGCGAGCAGAGGAGAGCGCCGCGGUGACAUCACAAACCCAGGCAGCAGCUUGUAGUUGUAGCUCAGCUAGCUAGCUGCUCUGCCCGCCUCAGCGUCAGCUCGCUCGGCUGCACCUGGACAUCAGCAGCAGCAGCCGCAAGGCCACGCUCCCUCGCGCAAGGCAGGCAGGAUGAUGCUCGCGUACAUGGACCGCGCGGCGGCGGCGGCCGAGCCGGAGGACGCCGGGGAGGCGGCGGGCGUGGCGGCCGGGUGCGCGGCGGCGGCGACGGACUUCGGCGGGCUGGUGAGCGCCAUGCCGGCGGCGGUGGUCCGCCCCGCGAGCGCGGAGGACGUGGCGAGCGCCAUCCGCGCGGCAGCGCGGACGGCGGGGCUCACCGUGGCCGCCCGCGGGAACGGGCACUCGGUGGCCGGGCAGGCGACGGCGGAGGGCGGGCUGGUCCUGGACAUGCGCGCGCUGGCGCUGUCCCGCCGCCCGCAGAUGCAGCUGGUGGGCGGGUGCCCCGGCGGCGGUGGCGGCGGCGUGGACGGGCCGUUCUUCGCCGACGUCCCCGGCGGCGCGCUCUGGGAGGAGGUGCUCCACUGGGGCGUCAAGACCCACGGCCUGGCCCCGGCGUCGUGGACCGACUACCUCCGCCUCACCGUCGGCGGCACGCUCUCCAACGGCGGCGUGAGCGGGCAGUCCUUCCGCUACGGGCCGCAGGUGUCCAACGUGGCGGAGCUGGAGGUGGUGACCGGCGACGGCGAGUGCCGCGUGUGCUCGCCGUCGUGCCACCCGGACCUCUUCUUCGCGGUGCUGGGCGGGCUGGGGCAGUUCGGGGUCAUCACCCGCGCCCGCAUCCCGCUGCGGCGGGCGCCCGCGCGGGUGCGGUGGGCGCGCGCCGUGUACGCGAGCUUCGCCGAGUACGCGGCGGACGCCGAAUGGCUGGUGACGCGCGGCCCCGGCGCGGCGGCCUUCGACUACGUGGAGGGCUUCGCCUUCGCCAACAGCGACGACCCCGUCAACGGGUGGCCGGCCGUGCCCAUCCCCGGCGGCGCCCGCUUCGACCCGGCCCUCCUCCCCCCCGGCGCCGGCCCCGUGCUCUACUGCCUGGAGGUGGCCCUGAACCGGUACCCCGACGACGAGGACAAGGCGGCGGAGGAGGCCGUGAGGCGGAUGAUGGCGCCGCUGAAGCACGUGCGGGGGCUGGAGUUCGCGGCGGACGUCGGGUACGUGGAGUUCCUGUCCCGCGUGAACCGGGUGGAGGAGGAGGCCCGGCGCAACGGCAGCUGGGACGCGCCGCACCCCUGGCUCAACCUCUUCGUCUCCGCCCGCGACAUCGCCGACUUCGACCGCUCCGUCAUCAAGGGCAUGCUCGCCGACGGCAUCGACGGGCCCAUGCUCAUCUACCCCAUGCUCAAGAGCCAGUGGGACCCCAACACGUCGGUGGCGCUGCCGGAGGGCGAGAUCUUCUACCUGGUGGCGCUGCUGCGCUUCUGCCGCGCCGGCGGGCCGGCGGUGGACGAGCUGGUGGCGCAGAACGGCGCCAUCCUCCGCGCGUGCCGCGCCAACGGGUACGACCACAAGGCCUACUUCCCCAGCUACCGCGGCGAGGCCGAGUGGGCGCGCCAUUUCGGCGCCGCCAGGUGGAGGCGCUUCGUGGAGCGCAAGGCCCGCUACGACCCGCUGGCGAUCCUCGCGCCGGGCCAGAAGAUCUUCCCCAGGGCCCCGGCGACCUCCGUCGCCGUGCAGCUGUAGCGGGGAUCGGGGGAGGACCAGCGAUCGAUCGCCCCCGGGGUAAUGAUGGUGAUUGCGCCGCCGCUGAUCCUGGUGAUGAUGGGCGAUCGAGGAGGGAAGGGCUACCGCGGGGGCCGUGGCGAUCGAUCGAGCAGGGCAAUGAUGGCGAUCGGGCCACCGUUAGGUGCGUCCGGCCGAUCUUGGGGGGUGGCUGGCUGCCUGCCGCCCAAAGGGAUUGGCGUGCGUGCGUGCGUGCGUGUGUUGUGCUCCGUGGAGAUCUGCAUGAAUUUUCCAUGGAGGAAACGGAAAAAAACAAGUAUGAAGGCGCAGAGGAAAACGAAAGCUGCGGCCUUUUCCUCCCCCA